AUGGCUGCCGCUCCACACCAUAAGUGUAGGCUGCACAGAGCUCACGCCCGAAAUGGGCAAAGAGCAAGACGAAGAGAUCGAGAUUCGGAAGGCAAAUGCUUCCGGAGAGAUGGAGACAGGGCUGCCACAGCGUCGAAGAAAGAGGGGGCCUCUGACGCGCGACGAGGAGCUUUUCCGGGAAAAGAAGCAUCGCCUGUGCAGGGAAAGGCAGAGGAGCUUGCCCAGAAAAGCGCGGGAAAGAGCAAACCGCGAACGGACGAAAAAAGCCACGGUGCGUCGGCGACAGCCGGCGGUCCAGCACCCAAAGGAGAAGGCAUCGCCUCCUCGAAGGCAGAGCCAAAGGAUCUUAGCAAAGCCGCGAACAGCAAGGGCCUCCCCGCCUCAGAGGAAGCCGAAGAGGACGCUGAACGUCGAAUGCUCGAAGAAGAGCUCGCCCGCAGAUUCUCGGCGGGGACGCUUGAGCGCAUGCGCGCUCUGGCAGCUGAACGAGGUAAGGAUCGCGCAGACAGCCCAACAGGCGGAAAAGGCAAAAAUAGGGGGGCUGCGGUAAGGGCCUUGCUGCGGUCCUAUGGGCUGCGUUUGCGGCGGCGAAAGAAAAAGGCUACAGGGCAAGUCGACGCAUACAAAGACGAGGAAGUGAGGCGUAAAGUGCUCGAGCUGAUCGAGGCGGGUGUCUGGCGCCCUGGUGUUGAGGAGGAGUACGGCCUCUACGUAGAGUCCGAUGCAGCAACCGAUACAGGCCCCAAGGUGGUGACGCCGACUCCUAAGAAAGUGGCUCUAAACCUCAAGGGCAGAAGCAAGGACGGGAGCCCCUCCCGAGCAGCUGCUCCAAGUGUGAAGGGCAGUAGUAGCAAGCCCUCCGACGCGUCGAAAGCAGCGAGCGCAGUCUCUCCGGAGGUCAAACGCGGGGAAGGGGCUAAGGCUCCGGAGGAGUCGCAACUCAAGCAGGCCGCUCCGCAGAAGGCAGCUGUCAAGGCGACACCUCAAGCACCUCCGAAGAAAACGCAUGCGAGCAAAGCGGCAGCGUCUGGGGCCCUGAAGGGGCCCCCCGGAGGGAAGGAAGCCAAGGGUGCCCAGCCGGGUGCCAAAAAGCCACAGUCUGCCGAUGAACAUACUUCAAAGAAGGAGGGGCCCCUCGGGGGCAGCAAGCAGCAAGAGGCCCCGGCGAAGCUGUCUGGACAGGAGAAAGCCGAGGCGAACAAAAAGCCGGCUGCAUCGGCAAAGCCUCAAGGCGCAAAGCUGCAAGGACCAACAGAACAGCAGGCAGCAGCAAAAGUGUCGACGCCAGCGAACGCAGCGAAGUCUCAGGCCCCUGCAGGGGGCAGCGGCAAAAGCAGCGCUGCCACGACGUUCGUAAAGCCGCCAGCAGUGAAAUCCCCCUUGAAGGUGUCGCCUUUGAAGAAGCCCCUGAUACCCAAGGCGAAAGGCAUCGGUAAGCAAAACGCCGGCGCGUGA